GUGCCCGGCCCAGCAGUUGAUCGCUGCCGGGCGCUAUAAGAGACCGGCUGGGAGCGGGUGUAGCGGGGGCGUUACGGGCACAAUUGAUCAUGGCCGCGGUGGAUCUCGCUAAAGUGGGAGCCCACACGCUGAAGCACGCAGUGAGCGGGCAGGUGGUGGAGCUCCGGGCCCUGUGGCGGGACCAGCCAUGUGUGGUGCUCUUCCUGCGGCGGUUUGGUUGCCAGGUUUGCCGCUGGAUUGCCAAGGAGACCAGCAAACUGAAAGAGCUGCUGGACAGUCACAAUGUCCGCCUGAUCGGUGUCGGGCCGGAGAGCGUAGGCCUGCAGGAGUUCAUCGAUGGGAACUACUUCAAAGGAGAACUCUAUCUUGAUGAGACUAAGCAGUGCUACAAUGACCUGGGUUUCAAAAGGUACAAUGCCUUGAGUAUAGUUCCUGCUGCUCUGGGGAAACCAGUUCGAGAAGUUGUCACGAAGGCAAAUGCGGACGGCAUCCAAGGCAACUUCAGCGGUGACCUCUUGCAGAGUGGAGGAACAAUAAUAGUCAGUCAAGGUGGAGAGAAGUUGCUCCUGCACUUUAUACAGGAUUCACCUGGUGACUAUGUUCCCUUGGAAACAAUCAUCAAAAGCCUUGGGAUCUCAGCAAGUGUUAAAGAGGGCGUGAAACCUCAGUGCGAUGAAGAGGCCUGUACCAGAUGACGGAGAGGAGCAGGGAGCAAUUUUUCUUUAAGCAAGAAAGAAGCCAAUGUGGUGACCUUCUCUGUUCUACCACUUCAUAGCUGCUGUAACCUCACCCUACUGUAUAUUCAUACUUUUGUAUAAUGGCCAAAUCACUGAAGUGUGAGUAAAUGCCCUAAAGCAAA